AUGUCUAUGAAUAAUAAUAGUAAUAAUAAUAACCCACCAAAGAGUUUGGGGCAAUCUUCAUCGCCAUUUGGUAAUUCGGGGCUGGUCAAUCCUUUGAUGGGAGCAAACCAAGCAUUCUCACAAGCACAGGCACAAGCACAAGCGCAAAUGGGUGCUGGCUUUCAGGGUGGUCAGUUCCAGCUUUCCCAAGCACAGGCUAAUGUGCAAGCCCACUUGAAAGCGCAGCAGGCUCAUGCUCAAGCACAAGCAGUUCACGCUGCCCAAGUUCAAGCUGCUCAUGCGCAAUUCCAAGCACAAUUACAAGCCCAAGGGAUCUCUCUUAACCAAAAUCAGAAUGCUGGCAUUGGCAAUUUGGGUUCAUCUUCGCCGCAGUUCUCAACUCCUGGGAAUGUUAGUGCAAAACGGCUCCCUCAGAAACCUCUGGGUAGGCCUCCUGGUGUUCCAAUGUCGAACAUGGUUUCACCAUUGAAACCUAUGGAUCUCUCAUCUGCUGCACGUAGGAAGAAGCAAAAGCUACCAGAGAAGCAGCUACAAGAUAGAGUAGCAGCAAUUCUGCCCGAGUCUGCUCUGUACACGCAGCUUCUUGAGUUUGAAGCUCGUGUUGAUGCUGCUUUAUCUAGAAAGAAGGUUGACAUCCAGGAGGCCCUUAAAAGCCCUCCUUCUGUGCAGAAAACCCUUCGAAUUUAUGUCUUCAAUACAUUUGCCAACCAGAUAAGAACAAUCCCCAAGAAGCCAAAUGCUGAGCCUCCGACUUGGACUCUUAAAGUUAUCGGGAGAAUCUUGGAAGAUGGGGUAGACCCAGACCAGCCUGGAGCAGUCCAGAAAUCAAACCCCUUGUACCCAAAGUUCUCAUCUUUUUUCAAGAGAGUGACCAUUCAAUUGGAUCAGAGACUGUAUCCUGAUAAUCAUAUCAUUAUAUGGGAGCAGGCUCGAUCACCUGCACCGCAUGAGGGUUUUGAAGUCAAGAGAAAAGGGGAUAAAGAGUUCACUGUGAAUAUACGGUUGGAAAUGAAUUACAUGCCUGAGAAAUUUAAGCUCUCUCCAGCUUUGAUGGAAGUUCUUGGUAUAGAGGUUGAAACCCGUCCUAGAAUAAUAGCUGCAAUUUGGCAUUAUGUGAAAGCUAGGAAACUGCAGAACCCAGAUGACCCUUCGUUUUUCAAUUGUGAUGCACCUCUUCAGAAAGUAUUUGGGGAAUCAAAAAUGAAGUUCACGAUGGUUUCACAGAGGAUAUCUCAGCAUUUAUCUCCUCCACAGCCGAUACAUUUGGAGCAUAAAAUUAAGCUUUCAGGGAAUAGUCCAGCUGGAACAGUCUGCUAUGAUGUGGUGGUGGACGUGCCAUUUCCAAUACAGAGGGAAUUGUCUGCUUUGUUGGCGAAUGCAGAGAAGAAUAAAGAGAUCGAUACCUGUGACGAGGCAAUAUGUACUGCUAUAAGGAAAAUUCAUGAACAUCGCAGGAGAAGGGCAUUCUUCCUUGGAUUUAGUCAAUCACCUGUGGAAUUUGUCAAUGCUCUGAUUGAAUCUCAAAGCAAGGAUUUGAAGCUGGUAGCUGGGGAAGCUAGUAGAAAUGCUGAGAAAGAGCGCCGCUCAGAUUUCUUUAACCAGCCAUGGGUUGAAGAUGCUGUUAUUCGUUAUUUGAAUCGCAAGCCUGCUGCAGGAAGUGAUGCUCCUGGGAGCACUACAGCCUAUCAUCGCCCUAUUACUAAUGGCCCUGGAGGAAUGCUUCAUGCUUGUAAUACAACAAAAGAUGUUCGGUAG